AUGGAGCUUAUGAAGGCAGAGGUUGGAGCAAGUGGGAAAGAUCAGAGAGGUACCUCACUGGAUGUUUUAGGCAGACAGUGGAGGUUGAUAGCAGAGGAGAUCAUUGGAGGUCAUGUAGCACGACGUCAUUCACGUCCAUACAUGGCGUUUGUGGAGUUAUUUCAUGAUGGAAAGAAGAAAACUUGUGGUGGUUUCCUUGUGGAGGAAGAUAUUGUGAUGACAGCCGCUCACUGCUUGGGAAGGAUCUCUGAGAAUGAACAGACAAGCAAGCUGCAUGAGGUGGAUCUUACCAUUCAGGGACACUUCCAAUGUGAGUGCCGCUUCAGGAAUUAUUACAGGACAUCUCAGUUGUGCGUGGGAGAUCCACAGAAAAUGAUGUCUUCCUUUAAGGGAGACUCUGGAGGCCCCUUGGUGUGCAACAAUGUAGCCCAGGCCAUUGUUUCCUCUGGAAGUGAAAAAGGAGCUCCACCAAGUAUCUUCAUCAAAAUCUCCAGUUUUUUACCCUGGAUAAAGAAAACAAUAAAAGGUCUCCACCUGGAAGAAUCACCCUGA